AUGUCAGACAAUAUUGAGGAGGGAGAGGUUGACCCAGAGUUUGUCCCAGAAGUGACCCGCGCCGCCGACGAAGACCAUGUCGCUGCGCAGAGCAAUUCCCAAGAGGCACCCAAUAAGAAACGCGCCCCUACCAAGCGCCGUCAGACCACCAACGUCAACAAGACCACACCUCAUCCCGCCCCUCUCUUCCUGCCCCCCUGCUUGCCGUCACUUCAGUCCCCGAUCUUGUCAGUGACAUGA